AGUGAACUAAACAGAUCAUUAUAUAUAUUUGCCUUCCCAACACAAAUGUUUCCUGCCAGCAAAAUUGCUUGUUAAGUUAAUGCUGCAUAUAUGACAGGCCCACACGACAUCGACAGCGACUGAGACAAAAUGAGCCGCCAGCACCAGCGGCACCACCAGCAGCACCACCACCUGCCGCCGCACCAGCAACCGCAGCAGCAAAUGCCGCAACAGCAGCAGCAGCUGACGGCGCAGCAGCAGCAACAACAGCAGCUGCUGAUGGCGGAGCACGCGGCUGCCGCGGAGGCGGCGGAGCUCUUCGACCUGCUGUGCGUGGCCACUACGAUGCGCCAGAUCCUGGCGCUCCAUCGGGCCAUGUGCGAGGCCGUGGGAUUAAGGCCCUCGCCCCUGAACGACUUCUACCCGCGGCUCAAGGCCAAGGUGCGUUCGUGGAAGGCGCAGGCCCUGUGGAAGAAGUUCGACGCCAGGGCUGCCCAUAGAGUGUACGGCAAGGGUGCAGCCUGUACUGGCACACGCGUCCUGGUCAUCGGAGCAGGGCCCUGUGGACUGCGCACCGCCAUCGAGGCCCAACUGCUGGGCGCCAAGGUGGUGGUGCUGGAGAAACGAGAUCGCAUCACCCGCAACAAUGUGCUCCAUCUGUGGCCAUUUGUCAUCACGGAUCUGCGCAACUUGGGCGCCAAGAAAUUCUACGGCAAGUUCUGCGCCGGCUCCAUCGAUCACAUCUCAAUUCGGCAGCUGCAGUGCAUGCUGCUCAAGGUGGCGCUGCUCUUGGGCGUAGAGAUCCACGAGGGCGUCAGUUUCGAGCACGCUGUGGAGCCCUCUGGCGAUGGCGGCGGAUGGCGGGCAGCAGUUACUCCAUCCGAUCAUGCCGUAUCUCACUACGAAUUCGAUGUGCUGAUCGGGGCGGAUGGCAAGCGGAAUAUGCUGGACUUUAGGCGGAAGGAGUUCCGCGGCAAGUUGGCCAUCGCCAUCACAGCCAACUUCAUCAACAAGAAGACGGAGGCGGAGGCCAAGGUGGAGGAGAUCAGUGGGGUGGCGUUCAUUUUCAACCAGGCCUUUUUCAAGGAGCUGUAUGGGAAGACGGGCAUCGACCUGGAAAACAUCGUCUACUACAAGGACGAGACGCACUACUUCGUGAUGACGGCCAAAAAGCACAGUCUUAUUGACAAGGGCGUUAUCAUCGAGGAUAUGGCCGAUCCCGGCGAGCUUCUCGCCGCAGCCAAUGUAGAUACACAAAAGCUGCACGACUAUGCACGCGAGGCUGCGGAGUUCUCCACCCAAUACCAAAUGCCAAACCUGGAGUUCGCUGUUAAUCACUAUGGCAAACCGGAUGUGGCCAUGUUCGACUUCACUUCGAUGUUUGCCGCCGAGAUGUCCUGCCGCGUCAUCGUGCGCAAAGGAGCCCGCCUGAUGCAGUGCCUCGUCGGUGACAGUCUGCUGGAGCCGUUUUGGCCCACUGGAUCGGGCUGUGCCCGUGGUUUCUUGUCCAGCAUGGACGCUGCCUAUGCCAUCAAGUUGUGGUCCAACCCGCAGAACAGCACCCUUGGCGUUCUGGCGCAGCGCGAGAGCAUCUACCGCCUGCUUAACCAGACCACGCCGGACACCCUGCAGCGGGAUAUCAGUGCCUACACCGUGGAUCCGGCCACGCGCUAUCCGAACCUGAACAGGGAGUCGGUCAACAGCUGGCAGGUCAAGCAUCUGGUCGACACGGACGACCCGUCUAUUCUGGAGCAGACCUUCAUGGACACGCACGCGCUGCAGACGCCGCAUUUGGACACGCCGGGCCGACGCAAGCGACGCAGUGGAGACUUGCUGCCCCAGGGUGCCACUUUGCUGAGAUGGAUAAGCGCCCAGCUGCAUUCUUAUCAGUUUAUUCCCGAACUCAAGGAGGCUUCGGAUGUGUUCCGGAAUGGACGCGUUCUAUGUGCGCUUAUUAAUCGCUAUCGUCCUGAUCUCAUCGACUAUGCUGCCACCAAGGACAUGAAUCCUGUGGAGUGCAAUGAGCUGUCAUUCGCCGUCCUGGAGCGCGAACUCCACAUCGAUCGCGUAAUGAGUGCCAAGCAGUCGCUGGACUUGAGCGAGGUGGAGUCGCGAAUCUGGCUCAACUACUUGGACCAGAUCUGCGACUUGUUCCGCGGCGAGAUCCCCCACAUCAAGCACCCCAAGAUGGACUUUAGCGAUUUGCGCCAGAAGUAUCGCAUCAACCAUACGCACGCCCAGCCCGACUUCUCCAAGCUGCUGGCAACGAAACCCAAGGCCAAGUCGCCGAUGCAGGAUGCUGUGGACAUACCCACGACAGUGCAGCGGCGCUCGGUACUCGAGGAGGAGCGAGCCAAGCGGCAGCGUCGCCACGAGCAGCUUCUCAACAUUGGUGGAGGGGCAGCAGGAAGCGCCGCCGGAGUUGCCGGAAGCGGGACGGGCACCACAACGCAGGGUCAAAACGAUACGCCACGUCGGUCGAAGAAGCGCCGCCAGGUCGACAAAACCGCCAAUAUUGAGGAGCGCCAGCAGCGCUUGCAGGAGAUCGAGGAGAAUCGGCAGGAGCGGAUGAGCAAGCGGCGCCAGCAGCGCUACCACCAGACGCAGAAUUUCUACAAGAGCCUUCAGCUCCUGCAGGCGGGCAAGCUCUUGCGGGAGGGUGGUGAGGCGGGGGUGGCCGAGGAUGGCACCCCCUUCGAGGACUACUCGAUAUUCCUCUACCGCCAGCAGGCGCCCGUCUUCAAUGAUCGCGUCAAGGACCUCGAGCGGAAGCUUCUGUUUCCCGAUCGCGAACGGGGAGAUAUUCCAUCGGCCCUGCCGCGUACGGCGGACGAGCAGUUCAGCGAUCGCAUUAAGAACAUGGAGCAGCGGAUGACGGGACGUGGUGGCCUCGGUGGUGACAAGAAGCCCAAGGAUCUGAUGCGGGCUAUCGGCAAGAUCGACUCGAACGACUGGAAUGUGCGCGAGAUCGAGAAGAAGAUCGAGCUGUCCAAGAAGACGGAGAUCCACGGGCCCAAGGGCCGCGAGAAGGUGCCCAAGUGGAGCAAGGAGCAGUUCCAGGCGCGCCAGCACAAGAUGUCCAAGCCGCAGCGGCAGGACUCGCGCGAGGCGGAAAAGUUCAAGGACAUCGACCAGACCAUCCGCAACUUGGACAAACAGCUGAAGGAGGGCCACAACCUGGACGUGGGCGAGCGGGGUCGCAACAAGGUGGCCUCCAUUGCCGGUCAGUUUGGCAAGAAGGAUGAGGCCAAUUCGGAUGAGAAGAACGCGGGCAGCAGCAAUGCCACCACCAACACCAACAACACAGUCAUACCCAAAUCUAGUUCCAAGGUGGCGCUGGCCUUUAAAAAGCAGGCCGCCUCCGAAAAGUGCCGCUUCUGCAAGCAAACCGUCUACCUGAUGGAGAAGACCACCGUGGAGGGAUUGGUUCUGCAUCGCAAUUGCCUUAAGUGCCACCACUGCCACACCAACUUGCGUCUGGGAGGCUACGCCUUUGAUCGGGACGAUCCGCAGGGCCGAUUUUACUGCACCCAGCACUUCCGGUUGCCGCCCAAGCCGUUGCCGCAGCGCUCCAACAAGGCCAGGAAAUCCGCUGCCGCUCAACCCGCCUCGCCUGCUGUACCACCAACUGCGGGAUCCGUACCCACUCCAGCUGCCGCAGCUGAGCCCAUGGACACCACUCCACCCAGGGAUCAGGUGGAUCUACUGGAGACCUCGCGAGCAAAUGCCUCUGCCGAUGCCAUGUCCGAUGAUGAAGCCAAUGUUAUUGACGAGCACGAAUGGUCUGGUCGCAACUUCUUGCCCGAGUCCAACAACGAUUCCCAGUCAGAGCUGUCCAGCUCAGAUGAAUCUGAUACGGAAUCGGACUCGGAGAUGUUUGAGGAGGCGGAUGAUUCGCCGUUUGGCGCUCAGACCCUCCAGCUGGCGUCGGAUUGGAUUGGAAAGCAGUACUGUGAGGAUAGCGAUGAUUCUGACGACUUCUACGACUCAAGUGAAGGUAUUGCGGACGAUGGUAAAGAUGACACGGAGGGUGAGGAAUUCAAGAAGGCCCGCGAACUGAGACGCCAGGAGGUUCGCCUGCAGCCGUUGCCCGCCAAUCUGCCCACAGAUACGGAGACCGAGAAACUUAAGCUAAACGUAGACAAUAAAGAGAACGUGGCCGACAGAAGCUCUCUGAAAUCCGGCAAUUCCUUUGAGUCCGCGCGCAGCCAGCCAUCUACGCCCCUUUCCACGCCCACUCGCGUCGAGAUGGAGCAACUGGAGCGAAACGCUCCACGCAAGUUUAGCAGCGAGAUCGAGGCAAUCAGCGAGAAACUGUACCACAUGAACAACAUGGUAAAGAUGAACAAGGACCUCGAGGUGCUGGCCAAGGAAAAUCUGGUCAAGAGCGACAUCCUGCGCAAGCUCACGCUGAAGGAGAAGUGGCUGGCAGAGAAUGCGGCCAUAGCAGCAGGCCAAAAGGUGGCUCCGACUCCUACUGCGUCUGCUCCUGGGCUUCAACCCAAGUCAAAGUUCGAUGAAAAGUUCGAAAAGGUAGUGAGCCCACCUCAACCGGUUGCCUCCGAACCCAAACCCAAGCCAGUGAUCGAUUUCAAUCUGGAUGAGUUGAGGCCACGCAAACCGAACUUUGAGGAGCGACCCAAGGAGCAGCUGGCCAAGCCUGACAGUUUGAAAAAAUCUCCACAGCAAAAACCAAAGGGCAGCAGUACAAACGUGAGCCGCUCCAACAGUUUGAAGAGUAAUGCCAGCAACGGAAGUCCCAAGGUGAAAAAAGCUCCUAUUUCAAAUAACAGCAAAAUGCAAAUUGAAGGAAUCCUUGGUACCUUAAAAAAGAUCCAGAGCCAGAACAGCAGCGAUCAGGAUGAAGAUAUGGAUGUAGAUGAUGUGGAAAGAAAGCCAAACAAAGAGCUCAACAGCAAGUUGAAGGAAAUCCAAGCAAGCAGCUUUGCCGGCACCAUGGAUCAUAUUAAAUCACAGCUGACUAUGCCAACGGUUAGUGCCCAGGCCCCACCCUCCAUGGAUCUGUCCAAGUACUUUCCCAACCAGAAGCAAGAGAAGAGCUCUGCCAGCAGCACCAACAAGAAUCAGGUUACGCUCAAGGACGUAAAUCUGGCCAAGUACUUCCCCAGCAGUCCAGCACCACAACGAAGAACCGUGGAAACGGUGGCCGAUCGACUAAAGAAGUCACAGACUGAGGCUGCCCUAGCCAAAACCAAACUACUGGAGGAUCAGGCCAAUAACCAGGCGGAAAAACCCAAGAAAGAGGCGGAAAAGGAAGGGGAGUCGAAAAAAAACCCAAAGAAGGUGGCAGAUUCGAAACCAGUACCUCCGAAGCGACAGGCCUCGUUGGACACCUUUAGCUUAAGGGAGCACCAGAUGGAUGGAGCACUAGACCUGACCAAAAAGAAGGUGCCCACGAAAGCGAGCACUGGCGUUAAAAAACCAGUCAAAUCGGGGAGUACCACAUCCGUGACGAAAGCCACGGCCACAUCCAAAGGAAAGACUAUCAAGAUUGUGAAGAAAAUCGUACCCAAAGGAACCAAAGCCAAAAAGGCAGCAGAAGCCGCACAAAAUUCUCCUGCAGUCGAGGCUCCGCCAGAGAAGCAGCCGCCAAAAGAUGAAGCAGAGCGAAUAUUGGACGAAAUCCUGGGAGAUGGCGAACUGCGUUCACCCAGCUCCGAGUACCAGCGCCUGUUUCAGGACGAAAAGUCGCCCAGCGAUUUGUCCGACAACAUUGAUCGGAUACUCGAGGAGACCGGGUUGGAUGUGGAAUUGGGCCUGCCCAAACGCAGCAGUAAGAAACUAGUGAAAACCAAAUCCCUGGGUGAGGGUGACUUUGACGUGAAGCCUUCGAGAGAAAGACUAACCGGAGUGCAGAACAUUCUUAAGCGAUUUGAGUCCAUGAGUUCGGUUACCUCGCAGAAUAGUGAUGAACAGGCGGCGUUCAAAUUACGUCGCAUGGAGUCAACCACCAGCAACCUGAGCAGUUUGACUCGUUCCAGGGAAUCACUUGUCUCCGCCAGCGAUUCAAUGAGCGACUUGGAGAAAACCAUGGAUUACCUGCGUAAUGAAUGGCGCAAUGAGGCCACCAACUUUCUGCAAAAAAAGCGCGAUAAGUUCUAUGCCAAAAAGGAGGAGCAGGAAAAGGAGGCUAAGAUUAAGGCUAAGCCAGAUCCCUUAGACAAUCUUCCUGUACAAUAUCGCGACUCCAAGCUGGCCAAAUUCUUCGGCUUGGCCACUCGCAAGUCACCUGAAAAGCGGAAGUCUCCCAUUAAAAAGAAGAAAUCUCCCUCCAAAACGCCAAAGGUGACCAAAGCAAACAACUCACUGGAGGAGCUGGCCAAGAUCGGUAGUGUUCGCCAGACCAAGAAGGCGCAACCAAAGACUCUAAAGCCUGUAGAAGUAAAACCUUUAAAGCCAGCCAGUCCAGUUCCAGAUGAUUUUGAGAUUCUUGAUCUGCUGGAAAAAGCCACAGAGGCCAAAGAACUGGAGCGCUCGAAGACCAAGAGUCCAGCUGUAGAAGCGAUUCAGGAGUCGACCAAAGAAGCUAUAGUAGAGAUGCCCUUACCAGUGGAAGACAUUAAAAAUCUACCCAAAACCGGGUGUGAUAAGUCCUCAAAUAGCUCACGUCGUGGUUCCCAAUCUAGUUUGGUCAUGUCUCGACGACACUCGGAAAUUUCUCUAAACGAUAAACUCAACCAGGAGGCACUCGCUGCCUUGAACCAACUGGAAAAGGAAAGAGAGGCGGAGCAAGUGGAUGAGCUUUUCCAGAGCAUGGUGGAGGAAAUGGAGCAGGAACCGCAGCCACUUGCCAUUCCCGAACCUCCGGAAGAAGACAUCGAUGCCGAUUCCCUGUGCACCACAAUCAGCAAGAGUCCCAGUGCACAGCCAGUUACGGUGGUUAAACGGGGCAGUUCCGAGGAUCAGAGCAUAGAGAAGCUAUUCAGCCACUUCUCCGACGAGAUGUUGGUGAAUGUGGAGUUUGACUCCAACGAUGAGCUUGUAGGGAUCACACCAAGGGCCACACUCGUUUCCCGAGACACAGCAGAUCGGGACUACUUGGAUAAACUAGAGUCUUUGGAACGCGAUGAGGAGACCUUCCAGCCAGUUGUUGUGGAGAAAUUCACACAGGAAAAUGUCCAGGAAGAAGUGGACGGAUUGCACUUUCCAUCGCGCCCACAACGAAGACCCAAAAGCAGUUCAUCUUCCAGUGAACCAUCACUUCCUGUGGCUCCUCAAAGGCUGAAAAAAAAACUAUCAAAACUAGAUCCGGAGGAUAUGCCGCCUUCGGUACAGGAUCUUUUACAACAGGUUUACCAGAAGAACAUCCAACCUGAAAAAGCGGAAGUGAUUCCAGUUGAAGGCAAUCAAACUUUAAGGUUCCCCAGCAUGUUGGCGGAAGAAGAUGUCGACGAGGUGGAUCAUGCUAAAGAAAUCAAGAAAAUUGAUACGGCUCCAGAAGAGCUCAAAGUGGAAAAGAUCACCCAGCCGGAUGAGGUUGCUAAGGCAAUUCCAAGUCCUCGCAAACCGGCAAUCAGUCAGAGCAACUCCCUUAAAAGCGAGAAUUCCUCUGGCAGCAGUCUAGUGGAAAUACCAAAGAUAAUCACACCACCCAAGUCAAGUAGCAAGGAAACCUCUUCGGAUUGGGACAUGGAGAAGCUGCCCGCAUCACCCAUGCCACGACGUAGGUUGCUACAAAAUCAACAGCCGUAUAAAGCCCCAAGCGUGGCUAGUAAGGAGAGUUCCUUGGAGUGGGACAUGGAGAAGCUGCCCAACAGUCCCAUGUUGCCAAGGAGGAACAAGAUGCGGGCCAUCUCACCUAGCACCAACCCCGUGCAACUUCUGAACAAUUUACCCUCCGAUGCCGAUGACGAGGCGGCACAGAGACGCCUAAUCGAGGAUUUCGAGCAGGAGAGACGCCAGGCGCUGAUCAAGCGGGACGAGAACUUCGAGGCAAUUGUGGCGGAGCAGCGCAGACGCGACUCCUUACAGAGCAGCAGCAACUCGAGCAGCAAACGCAGCUUACCACCGCCCACGCCGCCCAUGAUGACGGCAUCGCGACGCGGAACCACCCAGGACACGAAUCGCACCCAGGAUACCGCCACGCGGCACGAGGGAACUCCGCCCAUGUUCAAGAAGCUAGAUGUCGAUGGCAGCGGUACGUCAAUGGAUUCCACCACCUGCUCCACGCGGCGCAGUUCGUUUGCAUUUAUAGAGUUACAGGAUAACAAGCCAGUGAUUGUGCCCAUGCCCAAGAAACUGAAGUUUCCGAAGCCGGAGCCACCUAGGUUCGUACCCGAGCCAGUGGCCAUUGAUGAGCCCGUGCCCGAGGUGUUCCAGGGCCGCGCUUGGCCCAAGACGCAGUUGGAAGGAGAGCUCGAUCUAGGGGAUUCGGAUAAUGAAGAUGAGGCAGAAAAGCUAAAGAAGCAGCUGCCCGAAUACGCUCGUUCGGACUCUCCUCCUUCGGCCGCAUUCAAGAAUCGCAAGUGGCCGGAUGGGAAAACAAUGUUUGAUAAGCGAGCCGAGUCUCUUGAGGAGGAGGAUAUGUUCGAGGGAUUACUGUCCCCAAGGAAAAGAGAUUCCCAAAGAUUCAAGGACAAGCCGCGCUCUCAGUCCCCGCAGGCAUUCAAACCGCUGGUCAACAGCUCCAGGAAAAGCUCAAAGUCGUAUAGCGACCUUAAGAAGGGACCCUCCAUGCAAUCUCUGUCGGCGCAGUCCAGCCAGGACACGGACACACUGUCCACCACCACAACAGUAGCCACAGCUCGUCCUGCCAGCUAUGUCAACUACGAGGACCCAAUGGAUGCCAGUACCCAAGCUUUGCUGGAUCGAAGCAAACGGCUACACAACCGCAAAAGAGAUUUCGUAAACGAGCGAGUGGUGGAGCGGAACCCCUAUAUGAGGGAUGUGCUUAGGAGUACGGAUCGCCGGGACUACGACGAUGUGGAUGAAGAUCUGACCAGCUACAGGCCAAGGCACUAUGCCAGCUCCACGCUAAAUCGCUUCCCCAACACCACAACAAGGAAGAGCAACAACUACGAUUACCUCAGUCCCAGCAGCGAUUAUCUGAGCAGGAGAAGCUACAUACCAAGCGCCAGUGCAACCAGCAGCUACUAUCCAUCGAGCACGCGUAGCUCCCAUUUGAGUGACCUGUUCCGACGACGCAGUCCCGCCAGCGGACCCGGAUCCGGAUCCGCACUUUCCGGCUACGGCAACAAAGAGUCGUGCAUCGGUCUAGCCUCAGAUCGAGUUGGCCACUUGAUUGAAAGUAAAUGCAUCUGGGUACGAUCUACGAAGGUUCAGACCGAGUCUGAGAGCACCUCCCCCGACGAAGUGGAGCUCAAUUCUGCCACUGAGAUAUCCACCGACUCCGAGUUUGACAACGAUGAGAUUAUACGCCAGGCGCCCAAAAUCUUCAUCGAUGACACCCAUCUAAGGAAGCCCACCAAGGUUCAGAUCAAGUCCACCAUGAUCGGACCCAAUGCAGCUUCUGCCGGACUCCAUCAGAGGCAGUUGGCGGCGCGGGAGAAGGGCGGCAGCUACCUCCAGAAAUACCAACCCCAGCCGCCACUGCCACAGUUCAAACCGUUGGUCCAGGUGGAUCCCACCCUGCUCAUUGGCAGCCAGCGCGCUCCUCUUCAGAAUCCCCGGCCAGGAGACUACUUGCUAAACAAGACGGCCAGUACGGAGGGCAUCGCCUCCAAAAAGAGCCUGGAGCUAAAAAAGCGCUAUCUGCUGGGUGAGCCGGCCAAUGGCAACAAGAUCCAGAAGUCCGGAUCCACCUCGGUGCUAGACUCGCGCAUUCGCAGCUUCCAGUCGAACAUAUCGGAGUGCCAGAAGCUCCUGAAUCCCAGCAGCGACAUCAGUGCCGGCAUGCGCACCUUCCUCGAUCGCACAAAGUUGGGCGAGGGCAGCCAGACACCCGGACAGACGAACGAGCUAAUCCGUUCCGCCACCAGCAAUGUGAUUAACGAUCUGCGCGUGGAGCUUCGGAUACAGAAAACUGGCUCCAGCCACUCGACGGACAACGAGAAGGAAAACGUGUUCGUGAACUGUAAGAACGAGCUGAACAAAGGCAUGGAAUACACGGAUGCGGUCAAUGCCACGCUGCUGGACCAGCUGGCCAGAAAGAGUUCGCCCACCACGCCGACGAAUAAGACGGCGGUAGAGGUUAUUGACCUUGUGACACCGGAGAAGCCAAUGGACAUUAUCGAUCUAACGGCGCUGGAAACGCCGAAGAAGCAGUUGGUGGAUGGCAGCAACAUGGAUGUGGAUGAACGCCUCACACCCGACAGCAACAAAAUCAGCGAACUGCAGCAGGAAGUGAAGGAGGAACCCAAGCCGGAUGUCUCCCGUGAUGUGAAGGAAUGCAUACCAGAUAUACUGGGACAUAUUAAGGAGGGAACGGGAGCGAAGGAGCCAAGUUGCGAGGACCAACAGAGUCUGCUGGAGCAGUCGGACGAAGAGAAGCGUGACUCACCGGAGAAGGAUGUGGCCGAGCAUGAGCUUUAUGAACCAGACAGUGUGCAGAUCCAGGUGCCGAAUAUCCCAUGGGAUAAGACCAAGCCGGAGGUCAUGUCUACCACCGACAGCUCCAUCUGCUCAAGUUCCGACUCUUCCAGCAUCGAAGACAUCCAGCACUACAUUUUGGAGUCCACGACCAGUCCGGACACUCAGACUGUUGGCGGAAAGCACAAUGUGCCCCGUUUGGAGGUGCACGACACAAGUGGCGCCCUGAUGCAGGUGGACAGCCUGAUGAUUGUGAACGGAAAGUAUAUAGGGGAUCCCGAGGAUGUCAAGUUCUUGGAUAUGCCCGCCAAUGUUAUUGUUCCGCCGGCGCCGGCGCUUAAAACGAAUGAGCUGGAUAUGGAGGAUGACCAAGAGGUGGAGGCGGAACCAGUAACUGCUACUCCGGAGCCGGUCGAGUGCACGGUCAUCGAGACGGAGCGUCGUGCUAGUGCUCCCCCUCCCUUGCCAGAGAUGGGUCCACCUAAAUUGAAGUUUGACAGCAAAAAUGAGAACAAGAUCGAGAGCUUGAAGAAUCUUCCGUUGAUUGUAGAAAGCAAUGUGGAGCACAGUCAGGCAGUGAAACCCAUUACGCUUAAUUUAAGCAAUCUGGCCAGGACGCCAGAUACACCGACCACGCCCACGGCGCACGAUAGCGACAAAACACCCACUGGAGAAAUUCUCUCGCGAGGAUCUGACUCGGAAACCGAGCAUACUGGCACUGGCCAGGUGCUAACUGAGACGGAACUCUCCGACUGGACGGCCGACGACUGUAUUUCGGAGAACUUCGUCGACUUGGAGUUCGUACUUAACUCGAACAAGGGUACGAUAAAACGGCGCAAAGAUCGACGACGCAGUGGAGCAAGCAAACUUCCUAGUGGCAGCGAGGUGAUCCACGAGCUAGCCAGGCAGGCGCCAGUGGUACAGAUGGACGGAAUUCUUAGUGCCAUCGACAUCGAUGACAUAGAGUUCAUGGACACGGGUUCGGAGGGCUCUUGUGCCGAGGCCUACUCCGCCACAAAUACAGCUCUUAUUCAGAAUAGAGGUUACAUGGAGUACAUCGAGGCGGAACCCAAGAAGGCGACCCGCAAGGCAGCACCUCCAUCCAGUUACCCAGGAAAUCUACCGCCUCUAAUGACAAAGCGGGACGAGAAACUGGGCAUUGAUUACAUUGAGCAGGGAGCGUACAUAAUGCACGAUGAUGCCAAGACUCCUGUGAAUGAGGUGCCUCCUGCCAUGACCCAGUCGCUGACGGACUCAAGCACGCUCAAUGAACUGGAUGAUGACAGUAUGAUAAUAUCCCAGACCCAGCCAACGACAACGGAGGAAAGUGAGGCCUUGACGGUGGUCACCAGUCCACUUGACACGUCCUCGCCCCGGGUUCUCGAUCAAUUCGCCUCAAUGUUGGCGGCUGGCAAGGGUGACUCCACGCCCAGCAGCUCAGAGCAACAACCAAAGACCUCUACGGUGACGAGCAGCAGUACUGGGCCCAACUCCUCGACACCAGGGAACGUCUCGAAGGAGCCGCAGGAGGAGGACCUGCAGAUCCAGUUUGAGUAUGUUCGAGCACUGCAGCAGCGCAUAUCGCAGAUCAGCACCCAGCGGCGAAAGAGCUCUAAGGGAGAGGCACCUAACUUGCAGCUAAACAGCAGCGCACCUGUGAUAGAAUCAGCCGAGGAUCCGCCCAAGCCCGCAGAGGAGCCUGUGGUCUCAAUGCGACCGCGGACAACCAGCAUUUCCGGCAAGGUACCUGAGAUACCCACGCUUAGCAGCAAGCUGGAAGAGAUAACCAAAGAACGCACCAAGCAAAAGGAUCUGAUUCACGACCUAGUCAUGGACAAGUUGCAGUCGAAGAAGCAGCUGAACGCUGAGAAGCGUCUGCACCGGAGUCGACAGCGCAGUUUGCUGACCAGCGGCUAUGCCAGUGGCUCCAGCCUGAGUCCGACGCCAAAGCUGGCGGCUGCUUGCAAUCCGCAAGACUCCAACUGCUCUAACCAAGCGCACUACCACGCCUCCACGGCGGAGGAGGGACCGAAGCCGCCGGCGGAGAGGCCGCUGCAGAAGUCCGCCACGUCCACCUAUGUGUCGCCUUACCGCACUGUCCAGGCGCCCACACGAAGUGCGGAUCUCUACAAGCCGCGCCCCUUCAGCGAACACAUUGACUCGAACGCUCUGGCGGGCUACAAGCUCGGCAAGACGGCCUCCUUCAAUGGCGGAAAGUUGGGCGACUUUGCGAAACCCAUUGCCCCGGCGAGAGUUAACCGAGGAGAAGGGGUUGUCACAGCGGAUAUAGCCAACAUUUCCGCCUCGACGGAGAACCUCAGGAGCGAAGCCAGGGCCAGAGCUCGUCUUAAGUCCAACACAGAACUGGGACUCAGUCCCGAGGAAAAGAUGCAGCUUAUGCGCUCAAGGUUGCACUACGACCAAAACAGAUCCCUGAAGCCAAAGCAACUGGAGGAGAUGCCAUCCGGGGAUCUGGCGGCACGUGCCCGCAAAAUGAGUGCCUCGAAGAGCGUCAAUGAUCUGGCCUACAUGGUGGGCCAGCAGCAGCAGCAGCAGGUUGAGAAGGAUGCCGUGCUCCAGGCCAAGGCGGCUGACUUUACAUCCGAUCCCAAUUUGGCGUCCGGUGGGCAGGAGAAGGCAGGCAAAACCAAGUCCGGUCGCAGGCAAAAGGAUCCGGAGCGGCGUAAGAGUCUCAUACAGUCGUUGUCCAGCUUCUUCCAAAAGGGGUCGGCAUCCGCGACCUCCAGUUCCAAGGAGCAGGGCGGCGCUGUGGCUGCCGGUCACUCUGAACAGUCAGAGCGUCCCGGCACCAGCAGCAGCGGCACGCCCACAAUCUCGGAUGCGGCGGGUGGAGGCGGAGGAGGAGGUGGCGUCUUCAGUAGAUUCCGCAUCUCGCCGAAGUCCAAGGAAAAGUCAAAGUCUUGCUUUGAUCUGAGGAAUUUCGGUUUUGGUGACAAGGAUAUGCUGGUCUGCAAUGCAGCAUCUCCAGCAGGAGCCACAUCACAGAAAAACCACUCGCAAGAGUAUCUGAACACCACGAACAACAGUCGCUAUCGAAAGCAAACGAACACCUCGAAACCGAAACCCGAAUCGUUCUCCUCAUCCAGCCCGCAGCUCUACAUACACAAGCCCCACCACCUGGCCGCAGCUCAUCCCAGUGCCCUGGACGACCAGACACCACCGCCCAUACCGCCUCUGCCACUGAAUUAUCAGAGAUCCGAUGAUGAGAGUUACGCUAACGAGACACGAGAGCAUAAGAAGCAACGUGCCAUAUCGAAGGCUUCACGACAAGCUGAGCUCAAGCGAUUGCGAAUCGCUCAAGAGAUUCAGCGGGAACAGGAGGAGAUCGAGGUGCAACUGAAGGAUCUGGAGGCACGCGGCGUGCUAAUUGAGAAGGCCUUGCGAGGCGAGGCGCAGAAUAUCGAAAAUCUGGAUGCAACAAAGGACAACGACGAGAAGCUACUUAAGGAACUUUUGGAGAUUUGGCGCAACAUCACAGCACUCAAGAAACGCGAUGAGGAACUGACUAUAAGGCAACAGGAACUGCAACUGGAGUAUCGGCAUGCCCAGCUGAAGGAAGAGCUCAAUCUGCGCUUGUCCUGCAACAAACUGGACAAAAGCUCCGCCGAUGUGGCCGCUGAGGGAGCAAUUCUCAACGAAAUGCUGGAAAUUGUCGCCAAGCGAGCCGCCCUACGACCCACAGCCUCCCAACUCGACCUCACGGCAGCGGGAUCGGCAUCCACGUCCGCAGAGGCAACGGGCAUUAAGCUGACUGGACAACCGCAUGACCACGAAGAAUCGAUUAUUUGAAAAGCAAACUUUCCCUGGAGCUUGGUGGUCUGCGAAGUAGUGCACGGACUUUUGAGCCUAAAUACUUAAGAUGAAACAAGGGAGAGCGUACCAAAAAGGCAGCUGAAUUUAAAGAAUUAACAAUACUAAAACCCGUGAGCUGUAACCGAAACGAGCAACUAACUUUUCAAAGAGCAUAAGCUGGCAGAGAACAAUUUCAAUAUAUAUAAGUAGAGAGUCUAACUGAUUUUGGAGAAGCGCGCAAGGUUAAUGUAAAAACAGGCAGAGAAGAAAUCAAAACCAAAAACUAAUUUCGCAACUUAAAAGUAGGGAUUACGAAUGUUUUUGCGAAUACCUUUAGUUCCGUAUUUGACCUAAUUGUACGUUUUGUUAGUCGUUGCCACUGAAAUCUGUCUGAUCUGUGUAUGUCCUAUGCAAUAUGUUGUGUUUUUAUUUAAUGUAAUGUAGUGAGCGUGUGCAAAGGGUAUGUGAUUUUGAGCAAAUGUAAAUGGUGUAUUUGAGUUUUCUUAGGUUAUUUUCACUUAGCGAUUGUUUGUCGAUUCUUUGUAAACCGUUUGAUUGUAUUAUUAUUUAUUUGACGAAGCACCCGCAUAUUGUCCCGAUCAGCACACCCGUGUAUGUAUUAUGUCAUUUGCUCCCAACCAAAAUAAAAGUGAACACAAAGAGAUGCACACAAAUAUUUUCUAUAUGCGAGAACCUACACAUAACGAUGUAAGAGAGCAAGCAACCAUUAAUUGUAUACUAAUGAAAUCAUUUAAAUUAUUGUGUAACUUUAUUUAUAACCUGCAUAUAUAAAAGCAUAUUUAUCGAAUUUAUUAUGUAACUUUUCGAUUUAUUUUGAAUUGAAUAAAGAUUUUAUGAAACCUAA